GGAGAAGUUCUUCACGGCGAUGAAGAAGGAUGGCUCCUACCAAACCCGGGACCAACUCACUUCCAAAUGGAGCCACAUAAACAAAAAAGUCCGAAAGUUUAUGGGAGUUUACGAGGAAUGCUCCCAGUCCCCGAGGAGCGGCACGAACGAUACCGAUGUUCUCCGGCUUGCCACGACCGAUAUCAAGACGACGGGAACCAAGGCAAGGUGCCCAUCGAUCUUUGGAGGAUUUUGAGUCGUUCCCCGAAGUGGCAACAACUCAACAAUCCCGACGGUGGAUCGUUCCGGAAAAGAUCCACUGUCGACGCCGAGGUUGAGGUCGACGAGACUAUCGGUUCUACCGAUCAAAUCCCUUCAUUCAACGUUGCGGAUUCCGAUGACGAAGACCCCAUUCCACGGCCGAUCGGAAGAAAGAAGGCAAAAUCCAUUGCCUCUGGUUCGGGAGGAUUCGCCUCUGCUUCCGCUUCUCCCCGCGACGAAAUCGGCCGGGCAAUGGUUGAACAACUUCGGGCGUUCAAUCUCCAGGAACAAGAGAGGUUGAAGCUAAAGGAGAAGGAGUUGAAGCUAAAGGAGCAGGAGACCGAGAUGAAAGUCAUGCAAACCGACCCCGGGACGUUUAUUCCACGGCAGAUCGGAAGACAGAAUGCAAAAUCCAUUGCCUCUGGUUCAGGAGGAUCCGCCUAUGUUUCCGCUUCUCCCCGCGACAAAAUCGGUCAGGCAAUGGUUGAACAACUUUGGGUGUUCAAUCUCCAAGAACAAGAGAGGUUGAAGCUAAAGGAGAAGGAGUUGAAGCUAAAGGAGCAAGAGACCGAGAUGAAAAACAUGCAAACCGACCCCGGGACUAUUCCACGGCCGAUCGGAAGAAAGAAGGCAAAAUCCAUUGCCUCUGGUUCGGGAGGAUCCGCCUCUGUUUCCGCUUCUCCCUACGACGAAAUCGGCCGGGCAAUGAUUGAACAACUUCGGGCGUUCAAUCUCCAGGAACAAGAGAGGUUGAAGCUAAAGGAGAAGGAGUUGAAGCUAAAGGAGCAGGAGACCGAGAUGAAAGUCAUGCAAACCGACCCCGGGACUAUUCCACGGCCGAUCGGAAGAAAGAAGGCAAAAUCCAUUGCCUCUGGUUCGGGAGGAUCCGCCUCUGUUUCCGCUUCUCCCGGCGACGAAAUCGGCCGGGCAAUGGUUGAACAACUUCGGGCGUUCAAUCUCCAGGAACAAGAGAGGUUGAAGCUAAAGGAGAAGGAGUUGAAGCUAAAGGAGCAGGAGACCGAGAUGAAAGUCAUGCAAACCGACCCCGGGACUAUUCCACGGCCGAUCGGAAGAAAGAAGGCAAAAUCCAUUGCCUCUGGUUCGGGAGGAUCCGCCUCUGUUUCCGCUUCUCCCCGCGACGAAAUUGGCCGGGCAAUGGUUGAACAACUUCGGGCGUUCAAUCUCCAGGAACAAGAGAGGUUGAAGCUAAAGGAGAAGGAGUUGAAGCUAAAGGAGCAGGAGACCGAGAUGAAAGUCAUGCAAACCGACCCCGGGACUAUUCCACGGCCGAUCGGAAGAAAGAAGGCAAAAUCCAUUGCCUCUGGUUCGGGAGGAUCCGCCUCUGUUUCCGCUUCUCCCUACGACGAAAUCGGCCGGGCAAUGGUUGAACAACUUUGGGCGUUCAAUCUUCAGGAACAAGAGAGGUUGAAGCUAAAGGAGAAGAAGUUGAAGUUAAAGGAGCAGGAGACCGAGAUGAAAACCCUGAGAUUCAUUUUCAAGCUUUUUUCCUCUGCGUUUAGAUCACGAGUUCCAUUUCAAACUCUUGCGCCUGCUCUGCGAUCACUUUCUCCGUCUUCUUCAGAUAUGGACAAGGAUAAGGACUUGGAGCACCUUAAACCGUACUAUCCUGAGCUGAAUUCCCUUCACGUUGAGUAUCCUGUGAUAGCACUCAUGGAAGUCAUGUUGGGGUCACACCAAGUUUGGCACAAAAUGUUUCAGACACCACAUGCUUCGCAGACAAUUAUUAUCUGUGUUGCACUUGGUGUCAAACUCUUGAUGUCAAACUUGGUGGAUUUAUAGCAUUUUUGCUCGUGGAAUGGUGGACGAAUUUAUCCUAUUUGGUGGAGGAAUUUCUCCCAUAGUGAGAAAUCGCAUGAUUGAAGAGAAGAGUUUAAGCCAAAAUUUGAGGUGGCCGUGUGUGUGUGUCAAACUUUGAUUCAUAGUAUUCCCUCCAUCGCAAUUUGAUAAAAUUAAAUAAUCAUGUCAUUU